AUGCACGCAUCUGUCAUCAAAGCGCUAACAUGUGAGCGAAAUGGAAAUAUAAUUUCCAGUGUGCUAGAUAGGGAUAGUUGCGCGACGGCGCAUUUAAUUCCCGCCGUCCCCCGUUCGACAGUUGAGCUCGAUUCCGUUCACAGAACGUAGUUCAUGUCGAUUAUUUUUGUUUUUGUUGAGAUACAGUGCUGUCAAAUGUAAUUUUAUGUACUGAAAAAAUCUAACAGUUGUGGUCAGUGGUCCAGAACCAAAACAAAGUGUUUGCAUGGAUUGAGUGAUCAACUAUGUUACCUCCCACGGCCGGUCUCUCACAAGAACAGCGCGACCGGACCGAAAUGGCAUUCCAACACCGACGUGACGUGAGGGAAUUGACCCGAGAAAUCAUCAGGGACGCUCGCGUCGCUAACAGACAACAGUCCUCAUCUCCUGGAGUAAGAAACCGUUUCCCUUCGACUUCAUCGACGGACGAAAAUGAGAGCGGCACAGACGGCGAGGCGGACCGGUCGCGCCGGCAGACCAUCCUCCACGGAGUCUCCGGCAUGCAGCCCCAGGGUCAGAUAGUGACAAUACGGAAACGUCGAGGGAACCUCGCCAAGCAUUCGGUGAAGAUAUUGAAGCGAUGGCUGUACGACCACAGGUACAACGCGUACCCGAGCGACGCCGAGAAAAUAGCGCUCAGCCAGGAGGCCAAUUUGAGUGUCUUGCAGGUAUGUAACUGGUUUAUAAACGCGAGACGUCGCAUCUUGCCGGAGAUGAUACGUCGCGAGGGUCAUGAUCCGUUACACUACACGAUCUCACGCCGCGGACGGAAACAACCCUCGGGCGCUUCCUCCAGCGCGUCCAACUCUGGAGUCGUUGUCGCUUCUUGGGACGGAGCUGAUGUUGAGAAUGAUCCAGACCGCAGCGCAGAGCAAGAGUACACUGAUGGUCUACUGGUGUAUCGUAGUGAAGGAGAUGACAUUGCAGACGGUGAAGAAGGCUACUCCUCCAGUGCGGUCAGCGAGGAAGAAGUGAAAUACGAUCCUUCUGUGUGGCAGUCGGUCAUCAGAUACGGACCAGAAGAUAAGGAGAUACAUCCCGCUGUCAGAGGUACGGCGUCGGCGGUGGUGACGGUGCGCACGGCGGAGGGGGCCGUGGAGGGCGACGGAGAGGGGGGUGAAGGGGAGGGAGAAGGCGGCACGCCGGGGGGCUGGCACCCACAACUCGCACAUCUUCCGCAACUGCCGCACCCGCUCAGGAAACGGCUGCAGGUGGUCCCGGCGGCGGGCGAAGGCGAGCGCGACAAGUUCAAGUGCCUGUACCUGCUGGUGGAGACCGCCGUGGCCGUGCGCCAGCGCGAGAAGGAAGCCGACGAGCUGCCCGUCUAGUAGCGGUACCACCACUCUCAUCUAUGAGAGAAUGUUGUAAGAACAAUGAAGAAAGAAAAAAAAACAGUAAUCUUCCACAUUUGUACGUAGAGAGACGCACCACAAUAUUAUUAUUAUGAUGUCAUGUUAUAAAUUAUAUUAAUCGUAUGUUGUAAAAUGUUCCUGUAAUAACGAACGUAGGUUGUAUUAUUGUAUAUCGGAACCGAUUUUUUUAUUGUCGUGUGCUUAUCGUUACGUUACACGGCGACGCGUCUGAAUAUGUAAACGGAGCUCCGAUACCUCGUAGGUCGUAGCUUCAAGACUAUAUAACUUUGUGACAUAUACUGUAAAAUUAACAUAAAUAUAUAUAAACAUUAAACAAAAAAAUAUUAGCAUAUUAACUAACACGUUUACCGCGUUUGUAUUGUGUUGGUCGCGUCAAGAGAAUUGUUAUUGCAGCAAUGCCGCCGCGAGUUAUUCUAUAAAUUUAUAGUACCUAUAUCUCUAACAUAUACAUGAUAUAAAUAUUUUUAAAACAUUAAAAUGAAAUUCGUGUUGAAUACUUAGUUAUUAGUGCACUGUCGCCUCUUUUAUACACGUGUUUCGAUUCUAAGAGACUAAAAUGCGAAGGAAUGUUAAUUAUGUAUAGCAAACAAAAUAAUCUAUAGCUUUUAAAUCCUAGAAUCGACAAAUCGGAUACUCAUAACAAAACCAGUCUUGUAGUUGUAAGUGAUCAUAAAGAAAUUAAAAUGUUCACGUCGAUCGGUAAUAUGUAUCAAAGAUUUGUAAUGAAAUCGCUGAAAUUCGUUUUGUUUAUCAAAGUACCCACCAAUUGAUCCAUAAUGUCAAAUUAUGAGGUAAAUAAUUGUGUUCGGCCACGGAAUUAAUGCGAUAGAUCAUACAAAAUCAAAGGACAGAAAUAAAAAAUAUAUGAGACAUUUGGAUCACGUUCAGCUAUCAUACUUUAGAGCAAAAACACAACAUUUAUCUCAAGCUAACACAAUAAACACUCCUACUAAUCAGAACGAAUUAAUUUUUUAUUUUCAUUGCAAGUGGAACACCUCCUCAAAGCUACAUCAUCCAUUCACGAUCCGUCAGAACGCAUUUUAUCAGCGUCCGAACUGUAGUGUACUACGGAUAACUUAAUGUACGUUUUGGCCACAAAUGACGUCACACAUAAGUCGCGCUCAUUUGAUUCUCUAAAUAUCGGGCUGAAAUUUUUAACUACUGACUCUGUGUUCCUUUCUAAAAUGUAAUAAAGCUAAUUUGAUGAAUUAGGACAGAUAUUAUGUACUUCUUCAACAGAAGAGGAUGCCUUGCCUUUUAUUAGAGCUAUGUCUAAGAUAUGGCAAUGUUUAUAAGCAAUAUUAUAGGUGUGCUAGUCUACAGAUAAUAAUGAAACAACACACAUAAAACAUACUGAAGUGUCUUUAUACAAGUUGAUAAGUUUUCUACUUAAUCCUAACUAUUAAAUUAUUAUAAUUAAGCAAUGGAUUGUCGCCAAACACAGCUUGUUCGUUGACUGACUUUGAUCGGAAUUUUAUACAAAUUUUAACACAUUGUCUUAUUAAUAAUUUGUUCCAAAAUAAAGUUGGUAACACUAAUUGUGUGAUUUGUUUCUUAAAAAUACAUUAUUUUUCUUCUUUUCUGUUCAAAUGACUGCUAUUAGCAGUGUUAUUUUUUAUUAGAUAUUAUUUAUUAUUAUCUGGUAUUUAAUGUGUUCAAAUUUUAAAAAAAAGGUAUAGGAUAAGUUAUAAGAUAGGAUAUGUAUUAUAUUUUGUAAUUGGAAACAUUUAAGCAGUACUAAGUAACAGUUAAUUAUCAUUUGAUAUACAACUUGAUUUAUAUUAAAAUCAUCCUAGAUAUAUUUUAAUAAGUUCAUGAAGCUAUUACUAAAAAUUCAAGUCGUAAUUUAAAUUUCAAAGUAUUAUCAACAAAAUUUAUUUUAAUUCGAAUAUAUGCAAUACGAUGAGUAUAUUUAAGCGCAAUAUUUUCCGAGUAUUUCUUUUGUGCGUUGACUUUGUAAUUUGGUUUCUCAGUAGAUAUAAACUGUGAACAGGAGAAUUAUACUAUAUUUAAUGGUAUUUUUUCUAUUUAGUUUAAUUAAUAGAAGAUAGUUUUUAGUUUUAAAGAAAUAAAAAGCAUAUUUUAUAAGAAUGAAGGUUUAUUUGUCUAUAAAAUGUCGAUUUUAAUAUUUAAGCGCUUAGUUUUCUUGUAAUUCAUAAAAUGGCAACACUAUUAAUACAAAUAAAAAUAAUGGCAUAGUUAAUGUUUUGUUAAGUGGUAUUUUUUAACUUACAAUUGACAAUAUGUAUGCAAUAAGUCAACAUUUCUUUAAUUUUACCUGAGUACAAUAAAGUAGAGGUUAUAUUUCGUUCUCAACUUCUGUAAAUAAUUGUGUAAGUUCUUUUUAGCGAAUAAAAUAAAAUGGACAAAAACAA